CCUGAGCCAUGUGUGCAUGUAUAUUGUCCUUCCUUUUUCCUCCUCUUUCCUUCUCCCCCGACCCAAGGCUCCUGUCCUGCCCCAGGCUGUUCUCAGACUCAUCCAAGUGAGUAUCCCAGAGUCCCACGUGUGGCUGGCUGGGACUGAGCUCUGCAGUUUCCUCUGGGCAGACACAGAGGAGAGCUGCCAACUGUAAUUUUUUUUUCCAGCUUGUUUAUAUCAAUUCUGUUUCAAUUAAGUGUUGACUUUACCCUCCUGGCUGGGAAGAGGAGACUGCCCAGCCCUAAUUUCUUCAAAUCAAACCUUUUUUUUUUUAUUUAAGGAAUUCUGUCAAGGUGAUGUGACUGCAAAUCCUGUGCAGCUCUGCUGGCCCAAUCCAUGGAUCCAAAUCUAUGGCAUCACUUUGUUGUUCACCAAAGCAUGUGAUGCUGAAGGGAGCAGAGAGCUGGCCUGGUUAUUUAACUUAUAUUCCCACCAAUCUGGAUUUUAUUUGGCUCAAAUGGCCAAUAUUUGUUAUUCUGGUAAGAAGAACUCCCAAGAGGUGGUUUUUCUCCCAUGUUACCUCUUAAAAACAGGCAAACCCCCAUGACUGAAGUCUUUUCUUAAAACAUUUUAAACUAAUCUCAUUUUUAGUUUAGCUCCCUGUAUGUUUAGUACUUUGCAGAGCCUGUUUUGAGUAUUUGAAUGAUCAGAAUAAAGUUACUGUUGAGUAAUUUAUUCAUAUCUUGUAUGUACAGUGAAAUCCUCCCAGAAGAGAUUUGCUGAAGGAAUAUACUUCUAAAUGAACCCACCCAGCCCUGUUUCCAUCCCAAGGGGUCAGAUCCUCAUCCAGCUGGGGGUGCUCUCAAGAGCCCGCGGGAGGAGGAACGCGAAGAGAUCUUCUUGUCCUGAGCCGCUGUGGCCGGAUCCUGGCGCAGCUCCCGGGAAUGCUGCAGCUGUGAGGAAGAUCCUGGCACUGCCAGGGCUGCUGGAGGAAGGCUGGAGCUGGAGGGAUGGCCGAGAGCGGCCAGGGCCCGGCUGAGGGGGGGCUGAGGGGUGCCUCUGGCAGCACCCAGGAGGUGGCUGAGCCCAGGGAGGAUGAGGGGAGCCAGGUCCUGGAAGCCACCCCGAGCCUGGGCAGCGUGGAGGACACGUAUGAGCUGCUGGAGAGGCUGGGCAGCGGCCACUUCGGCGUGGUGAGGCUCUGCCGCCAGCGCAGCACCGGCGCCUUCUACGCCGCCAAAUUUGUGAAGAUGCGGCGGGGCCGGGGCGGCCGCCCGGGCGCGGAGCGGGCUCAGGUGGAACGGGAAGUCUCCAUCCUCCGCCAGCUCCGCCACCCCAACAUCAUCCAGCUCCACGAGCUCUUCGCCAGCACGGCCGAGGUGGUGCUCGUCCUGGAGCUGAUCCGUGGUGGGGAGCUCUUUGACUUCAUUGCGGAGAAGGAGAUGCUGUCGGAGGAGGAGGCCAUCGAGUUCCUGGGGCAGAUCCUGUGCGGGGUGGAAUAUCUGCACGCUCGCCUCAUCGCUCACUUCGACCUCAAGCCCGAGAACAUCAUGCUGCAGGAGAAAGAUGUCCCCAAGCCCUGGAUCAAGAUCAUUGACUUUGGGCUGGCCCAGCAGCUGGAGGAUGGCAUCACCUACAAGAGCCUCUGUGGGACCCCCCAGUACAUUGCUCCUGAAGUGAUCAAUUAUGAGCCGCUGAGCCCUGCGACCGACAUGUGGAGCAUCGGAGUCAUCACCUACAUUCUGCUCAGUGGCCUGUCCCCCUUCCAGGGUGAGACGGACGCUGAGACCCUCUCCAACGUUGUGGCUGGUGCCUACGAGUUUGAGGAGCGCUGCUUCAGCCAGACCUCCGAGAUGGCCAAGGACUUCAUCCGCCAGCUGCUGGUGAAGGAGCCAGAGCGCCGCAUGAGCGCGGCCGAGUGCCUGGUCCACCCCUGGAUCAAGCCCCUGAGCAGGAAGCAGGCGCUGAGCCGGAGCCGUUCCUCCAUCAACAUGAGAAACUUCCGCAAGUUCAAUGCCCGGAGGAAGUGGAAGCUCUCCUACAACACCGUGUCCGCCUGCAACCGGCUGUGCCGCACGAGGAGGGAGGAUGAGGAGCUGCGCUGCUGUGCGAGUGACCAAGAGGAGGAGAGAAGCCCCCACACCGCUCUGCUGUGCCGGCAGAGAAGCAGCUCCUCCUGAGCUCCUCCCAAAAAAGACAGAACCUCUGCGAGAGGAGCCUUGGGGGUCCCCCCAUGACCCCAUCCAAGGGGCAGGGGCACUGUCCAGCCCCAGAGCUCCUAGUUCUGUGGUGUUGGAGGGUCACUGGGGCAUCAGCACCCCGGUCCUGCCCCCAGGGCUGGGACCCUCCUCCCUGAUUUGUCCUAAUGAGAAAAAUAAA